AUGGCGAUGGGGACGAUGGGGGCGGCGGCGGCGGCGAUCGUAUUAGUGGCUCAUAGCUUGAUGCAGUCCAUCAGACAUGCGCCUGAGAACAUGUGCAGGAUGACCUACAUGAUGCCCAACUACUACACGAUCCCCGUCCCACAUGCGAGCUGGGAGACCAAGUUGAGCUACUCCCUGUUGCUCUAUCGCGAAGGAUCCCAGCCCUUCCAUAAGCGCGGGAUUCCGGUUCUCUUCAUUCCAGGGAACGCGGGAAGCGGGAAGCAGGUGCGGUCCAUGGCUUCUGAGGCGGCGAGGGAGCACGUUCGAAACUCGUCUCGCGGACACUUAGAUUUCUGGGCUGUCGACUUCGAGGACGAGCUGUCUGCUCUGUCAGGAGACCUGCUCCUCUCUCAGACUAAGUUCGUGUGCCGCUGCAUCCCCUACAUACUGGAGAGUUACAAGGAGAGAGGAAUGGAGCCAGGAGGCAUCGUGCUCGUUGCUCACUCGAUGGGUGGCCACAUAGCAAGGAUCGUUGCCGGUUCCUUCUGCGAGGAGGAGGUCGAUGUAGCUGCGGUCUUGUCCCUUGCAUCUCCUCAAACGGGGCUACCUGUCGUGACUGAUCCUCUCCUCCAGAGGCUGAUCGACACAGGUGCGGAGCUAUGGCGGCAGCAUUUCUUCCCUUCCCCCUCCCACGGGGAUGCGGCCGGCUGGAGCUCCUUGAGCUCGAGCACCCCUAGCAAGCGCUCCCAGCGGUGGGGUUCCUUCAAUACCCCCCUCGUUCGUAUCUCAAGGCACUGCAGCAGUUUGAAUGAGAUCGCAUCCGUCUCAGUAGGGGGAGGGCUGCGGGACUUGCUCGUGGGCACGGAGCGCUGCGACCUUUCGCGCAUUUGUCCUCCUACCCACUGCCUCUCUGUCUCGUCCACGGCUGUUGCAGGAGUUUGGAUGCCGAUUGAUCAUCAAGCGAUCUUGUGGUGCAAUCAGAUGGUGGAGACUUUGGUUUCAGCGCUGUAUUCCCUUGUGGACGAGAUGAGGCUAGUGGCAAUGGUGAUGGAGAUUGAGACAGGAAUGAUGGUCAAGAGGCUGAGAACCCUGGGGCUCCUGACGUUCCUCAAGGACUGGCGACUUGUCUACCUAGAGGAGGACGCAGCCAGCGCCACAUGCCAGCAAGCGCUGGAGAGUGGAAGCAGUCUACCGUUGUACGUGGACCUGAAGCCGCAAGCUGUCAAGAUGGAGAAAACAAGCUGCAUUCGGCAGGCCAACUCGGACUGUCUGUCUCGCGAGGACCCUGAGGGCAUCAACGCCGGAGCUGCUGCUCUCCCCCCGUUCACUCUCCCGGGGUCUACGGAUCCUCUCCCUGCGUCCUUGACGAUAGAGAAGUUGAGGUGCCGGGCAAGAGACGGGAAGGAGGAAGCAGGAGCAGGAGGGGAAGACCUCAAGGAGACUUUCAGCCCUGUUGUCCUCGUUACGCCCGUCUCGUCAUGGCGAACUGGUCUUUCCGAAGGGUUUGCUCGUGUUGUCUCAUCUCACAAGGAGAAAGUGAACGUAUGGAUGCAUCAGUCGAUCGGCCCAUGGCAGAGGAGGGAGAAGCCUCACGUGUUCGCCGUCACGGAUCCUCACUGCGACUAUCAAGUGAAGCUCUCCGUCGACCUCUCCUCUUCCUUCGGCCUCUUCCUCCUCCGCCACGUCCACCGCAUCCUCGUCCUGUCGGCAUCCUUGGUGGUAUCCAAGGAUCAGGGGUUCUCUCUCGCGAGGCUGAGCCUGUGGAAGGAGGAGGUUGUGAGUUACAAGGAACGAGGCGCUGCUGGAGCCAUGGCGAGCAUGCUAAAGGGGUCCUUUCGAGCCCUCUCCUACCCCUUCUGGCCUAUGCUCCUCCUACUCCUCCUGCUCCUCUCCUCCCCGUCGAUCCUCUGUGUCUUCUCUCUCCGUGGAAGCUCCUCCCCUGACCUCUUGUGGACCUGCACCAUUGGAGGUGCCACGGUGGACAGUGAUCAAAACCUGAGCAUCGACAACUGGAGUCACAGGGAGCCCGUGCUCUUCGUUGCCCUGCUCGUUCUCGCCGCUUCUGGUUUCCUCUCCAUCCUCCUCCUCCUCCACCUCCUUUUCCUCGCCAUCAACAGGGUCAGGUUGGAGCACUUGGACUCAAGCCAGCGAGAUUGGGCCAUGUCUCGAAGUCUUUUCGUCAUCGUCCACCUUUUACUCUCCACCGUGUGCCGAUGCCCUUCUUUCAUCGCGCAAGUUCAAUCCUCCAUCUACCUCGCACCCCUCGGGCCCCAUCGCAUCUGGAGCAUGUGGAAAGACAGAGCGUUGGCCCCCUUUCACUCUGCCCUCUACUUCGAGUCGUUGAUGGACAAAGUUUCCUCCUCCUCCCUCCCCUCCUCGCACUUGCUCUCGGCAUCCUGA